AUGGGCUCUGCACCGCGUCGCCUGAACGGCAUCUUAUCGAGCCUCUCUGCCCAAACCAGCACGAUUGGUACCCUCAAGUUGGGAGACAUCACCUUAGACAUCACCCCUUCAGCGACACCCAGUCGACUGCCGCACCUUGGCGACCAUUUGAUUCUCGAUGUACAGGAUAACUUCAAUUUGGACAACUUACAUUUCCUCUUGCAGAAAUACCUGCUUGGGCAAGAUGUUUUUCUGUUAUCGCAACCAGGGCCGUAUGCGAGGAGACUCGUCAUGACAUUUUGCCGGUUGAUCAACACUGAAUACGAACAUGUUGCGCUUCAUCGGGACGUGGGAGAGACGGAGCUGAAGCAAGGACGAGAAAUCAAGGCCGGAGGUACUCUGAACUACGUGGACAGCGCCACUGUCCGUGCAGCAAAGUAUGGUCGUAUCCUGAUAUUGGAAGGGAUUGAGAAGGCAGAGCGAGGGAUAAUGCCGCUCCUCAACAAUCUCCUGGAAAACAGGGAAAUGAAUCUUGAAGAUGGAACGCAUAUUGUGCAUCCGCACCGUCGCGCACUGAUGGAGACCCCUCGGGAAAUUGCUGCAGCAUUCAUUCCCGCGCACAAGAACUUUCGUGUUAUUGCCAUAGGCGCGCCAGUACCUCCUUUUCCCGGCUAUCCCCUCGACCCGCCAUUUCGGAGUCGCUUUCAGGCCCGUUUCAUCGAUCCUGUAGGCGCUACUCAGGCACUCGUUCGUAAAUCGACAAUCAGUCUCAGCCAAGAGUCUGCAUCUCUCGUCGAGAAGCUACGUGGAAUCAUCCUCGCGACGCAACUUGCGAAUGAGUCUCACGAUGCAUUGCAAGCAGUUUCGAGGUCGACCCUCCCGCCAUUCCCUCAAACUGCGAUCGCAAAAUUAACGGCGCUCGCAACUCGUUUUCCGGCUCCCGCUCAACUAUCCCCCGCACAGAUGGCGCGUCUGAUCCUAACCUUGCAUCCAUCAUUACUGCACGCGCCAUUUCAAGUCUGGGCACUGUUGAGUCGGCAAAUGGAGGAAGCAGGGAUAAGUCGCCUUGGUAGCCCUGCAUCAGCAGAUACAGAGACCGAUAUCGGUUUGCUAGGGUACCGUCUAGCCCAUAUCGAGCGGGACAGUGCAACCUCUGCGAAGGUGCAUUUCCAGAAUUCGCAGGCCUCUGCUACAGUCAUCUGCAAGGUCGCUGCUGGAUCUCGCCCUUUCCGGGCUUUCCCCCUUCAGAAACUCCCGGACUUCCUGCCUACGGGACGUUUCCUGGGCUUAUUGACUUGCCUCCUGCAAGGUCAUGCCCUUGACUUCGAUAUGUCGUUCAUCCCUCCAGCCAUGCCAUCGACUGCUUCAUGCUCAACAUCUCUGCUAGUUCGUACCUUCUCCGAGCUUUUAGGGUACGAUAUGGAGUCAAUCCAUUUGUACAAGGACCUCGGAGGACGUGAGUUGGUGAUGCGGAGACACAUUGCAGAGGACGGUAGUUCUUCAUGGGAACCCAGCCCCUUGAUAUCGGCGAGCCUUGCGAAAGACCGUCUAAUACACCUCGAAGGAACUGAUGCAAUCGGAUCGACCGCAGGAUCGCUUGCGCGUCUCUUACAGGACAGAGAGCUGGAGCUCUGGCACGGCAAACGCAUCGUUGCUCAGAUAGCUCAAGACGAGGCUACAUCGGAGCUGGCCAUCACCGCGCCAUCACUACGGAUCAUCAGCACGCCUUCCAAAUCAGUUCCUCUCAGAGACUGGCUCACUAUCGAGCACGCAAACAUGUUCUUUCCGAUUCUGGCCCUUCCUAUGGGUACGACCGAGGAGACGCAGAUCCUCCUCGCAACGACCUGUCCAACGGCAAUUGCGAGUCAACUGGUACAUUUCGCUCAGAGAUACCGGGAACGGAUGACCUCCGAUGUUGUGCAAAAGAAUCGCAAACUUGGGACGAGGUCGCUUAUAAGGAUCACUCGGAGGUUACCAUGGGAUGAUGAUCUGCACUCCAUGCUUAGUCGCGCCAUCAUGACGGAAUUUAUGCCCUCUCUCGAAAGAUUAGACGUGGAAACUCUUAUGGAAGAAUGCGGCAUCCUGAAGAGAAUUGCGCUGUAUAAUCCGGCGCCUGUGCGUGAAGAGGACAAAUUGAUUUUCCCAGCGGCAUCUGGCUCUGGCAAGACGUUUCAAGCAGUCGCGAUAGCCCGCUUCAACCCCGACGAGGAUCCGGAAGGCGUAUCGUCAUAUGUUCCACAUGUUACCCGCUUUCACGAGAAUAGCCUGCAGUCGGGUUUGAUGCGAGAAAUGGCCAUUGACCUGGAACUCCUCGGAGAGCAUCUCGUACUGCUUGGUAAUCAGGGCGUAGGUAAGAAUGCGAUGAUUGAUAAACUUCUAGAAAUGCUCGGACGCCCGCGAGAAUACAUGCAAUUACAUCGAGACUCUACUGUCAGCCAAAUCAUGCUUCAGACCACCGUAGAGAGUGGUGUGAUCCGGUACCAAGACUCACCACUCCUGCGCGGAAUCAAGCUAGGCCGUGUGGUCGUCGUCGACGAAGCGGACAAAGCCCCCGAACACGUUGUCGCUGUCUUCCGGAGCUUGGCUGCUCAGGGAGAGAUGUCGCUCCCGGAUGGCCGCAGGAUCUCUUCAGCGUACAACCGCCCGGGAGAUAUUGUUCUUCAUCCUAACUUCCGGCUUGUGCUGCUCGCUAAUCGUCCCGGCUAUCCUUUCCUCGGCAACCAUUUCCUGCAGGUCCUCGGCGAUAACUUCAGUUUGCACGCCGUGAUGAACCCGGACAUUCACUCCGAAAGACGUUUAUUGUCGCAACUCGCUCCUGAGUUGGACGAGGAUCUGAUGCUGCGACUCAUCGGCGUGUUCCACGACUUGCGACGCGCAUACGAAAUCAACACCCUAACUUAUCCGUAUUCCCUCAGGGAGCUCAUAAACCUGGUCCGCCAUCUUCAAGCAUACCCAGAGGAUUCUCUAGAGACUUCAUUGAGGAAUGUCUUCGAUUUUGACGUGGCGAAGCCGGAGACCGUGCACAAACUAGCUCAGAUAUUGCAGGAUCAUGGAUUGUCCGUGAACCAUAUCGGACUACAUGCCGCCAGAGAUCAGGCACGCAAAAAGGUCCUUGACUUGAGAUUUGACCCUAAGGGUUCGGCCGACCUCGACAAACCAAAUCAUGGUAAAGAUGACCCCAACAACGAACCGCAUAUCGGUGGCAAUACUUGGGCAGGAGGGGUAGGAGGUCGAGACACUGCUGGACUGGGUGGACGUGGAGGUUACAUGCGCCUGUUCAAAGGCCAUGAUGUAUAUCAGGUCUCAGACCAGCUGAAGAAUGAAGUGCCUGAGCAGAUCAAGGAGCAAGCGAGAGAUAUGGCCAGACAAGAACUCGCUCGUAGAUUGGAGGAGUUGAACAUGAGCACCUUGGAGGCCAAGGGGUACGCUGCAUUGAUGUCGGCAGUUGAACCUCACAUCGUCCGCCUGCACGAUCUUCUCGAAAAUCUCGCAGCCAGAGAGGAAGAAAGAGUUUGGGUGAAAAGGCAAACAGACGGCGAACUUGACGAGAGUCGUCUCACUGAGGGUCUGACCGGAGAGGCGACUGUAUACAAACGAAGAGGCGUUGAUAAGCCGGAGCUUGGAAGACCUCAGAUCAAACCGAAACGAAUCAGGUUUUUGUUCGAUCUAAGCGGAUCCAUGUAUCGGUUUCAGAAUGACGGUCGUCUGCGAAGAAGCCUCGAGACAGCGGUGAUGCUCAUGGAGAGCCUGCAACGUAUCGCCAGACCUGAUAAAUACGCCUGGGAUAUAUACGGGCAUUCGGGCGACGGAGCCGAUAUUCCUCUGGUCGAGCUUGAGAAACCUCCAGCGGACACGAGAGAUCGCUGGAAAGUCGUGGAGAAGAUGAACAUGAUAACACAAUAUGCUUUUGCGGGUGACCAUACCGUGGAGGCGAUCGAGAAGGCUGUCACGGAGGUUGCGAAAUACGAUGCUGAUGAAUGGAUUGUGGUUGCUAUCACGGAUGCGAAUUUUGCGAGAUACAAUAUCACACCCCAAGACCUCAAACGAGCGAUGGACAAAGACAAGAAAGUGAAUACUGCCUUGAUAUGCAUCGGUGAAAGCUCUGAGGCUGCAUGGGUCUCCCGCCAAUUCCCCGGACGUGCGUUCAACGUCGCCAACACUCAGGAUAUACCUGCGGCAUUUCAAUCGUUGCUUUCGAGGCUCAUUGAUCGAUGA